UCCGUAUACUUGAAAUCUCAAAAUAGCUCGUCAGACUUAUCCCUAAAAAUGGAGUUUCUGUCCAAGUGCUAUAAAUAGAUCGUUGAUUGGGACAAUUAUUAUUAUGAGCUCAUCAUCGCCUCCACCAGUUCCAACUGCAGCACAGCGUAAGGACUGCUAUCGUGCUCGUGAUAAUUAUUACAAAUGUUUAGCGGAAAAUGAAGGGAAAAAUACAGCUGGGGAUAGGAUGCCAUGUAAUGAUUUAAAGAAGAUAUAUGAUUCUGUUUGUCUCCCAUCAUGGGUGAAAUACUUUGAACGUAAAAGGGUAUUUGAUCAAUAUAAGGCCAAAGUUCAACAAGAAGGUUAUCAGGAAAAGCAAUGAUAUUGCAUUGAACUAUAAACUAUGAAUAGCAAAUUUUGAAGUUUUUUUCACAUCCAGCAAUGCACACAUCAGCUAUUAAUAGAAAUAAACGCAAUGUCACAAAUCUUUGUCAAUUUUACCAAAUAAGGAAAAAGCAGAAAAAUAAGUAAUAUUAUUUGUUAUUAAUUGACUGCAUCAUUACAUUGAGCAAUGCACAAAUCAGUAUUUUUGUUCUAUUAAUAGAAAAAAACACAAUGUCACAAAUCUCAGUCAACUUUACCAAAUAAGGAAAAAAGCAGGAAAAUUAUUAUUAGGUUACGCCCAGAAAAGACACGCCCCUAAAGGCGGUAAAGAAUUUUCAAGCAACAUGUCUAAACAGGAGCAACAUAAAGCUAUAUCUGUUUUUCUUUUUCGUGAGCGUCCAUAUGAAGUGAACCUUGAAGUACGUAAUGACAAGAUGAUUGUCCAAGUCCAAGACGAUACAACGACAGAUCAAUGGAGAAACUCGUUCGAUGCUAGACACAUAGAAGAGUUGACAAGAAAAACCGGCAAUUUCAAGCAAUUCAGAGUAUUUGUUAACAUGUUGGAGUCGGCAAUAAAGAAAGCCAGUGACUGUGUCUCCCUAGAGCUUCUCACAUACUCUGAUCUUGAAAACCUUCGCCAGCGUAAAUCCAACCCCAAGAGUCGUAGUCUUUCAGGUGGAGGCCUGUCGGAAUUAUCGUGUGACACGCCCAGCAAGAGAUAUCUUAUUUUGACUUACUCUGCAGAAUUCGAUCGUAUCCAUUACCCAUUGGCACUUCCUUACGCCGGUAAGUCUGACCCUAUCAUGCUCCAGGAGACCAUUCGGGAGCUAAAGAAAGAGCUUGAGCUCUACAAGCAAAAGGCUUCAUACAAGCAGCCUCAGCAGCAGAAAGCGGCACCAAAUUUGUCAAAACUUCAAAGAAAAUAUGAGGCUUUGCUAAAGGAAAAGGAGGAGCUUGAAACGGCAUAUGAAGCACUUCAAGAAGAAAUGGAGGAAAUACUGAGAGAAGGAGGAGGAGGAGUAGAGAGUGACCGUUCAUCUAAUAAGGAUACCAGAACACUGAAGAAGAUCAUCAAGAAUAUGGAGGAGGACAUGUUGAAAGAAAAGACAAAAUAUCAAAGAGUUUUAUUAAAGAAAACGGACGAAAUGAAAAACAUGGUUGAAGAAGUAGAAGAGCUAAGAUCAACAGAGAGGGCUCUAAACACAAGAGUAAAGAGUCUGACCAAUGAAAUUGCUCUACUAAAAAGAAACUCGUUGGUACGUGGGCGGACUCACAGUGGUUCCUCUGAUCACAAUAAUUAUCGGAGAGCCGUCCCCGCCUCUUCUGAUUGGCCGUUCACCAAACGAUAUCGCUCCUCGUCAGCCGAAGGUUGCAUUAAUAGCAACACAGGAGGUGAUCAUGGGAGGAGAGAAAGAUAUCGACAUGGAACAGGUAACACGAGAUCUCGCACUCCAUCGCCAAAAGGCAAGUCAUUUCAACGAUUUGAUCCAACAAGCUACGUCCUUAACAAGCGUAAGCAGCAAGAAGAGGUCAAUAGAAGAUUGGGUAGACAUGGCUCAAGAUCAAGUUCGGCAGAAAGAAGUCAACUGCCUCCUCGCCCUUCUCCUUCAUCACUUAACAGUUCAAGAAGAAUUAACAUUGGCAAAAGCAGAUCAUCAUCAGUUGGUAGUAGGAGCAGUUGUUCUUCGUGUACAUCGUCUGAUGAUGAAGAGAAUGUACGAGUGUAUCAGCAUGUGAGCAGCAGAUAUCACGUUAAUAAUAAUAAUAAGAAAUCGACUCAUCAUAAAAGUGAUAAGAAAAGAACUGAGAGCAGUAAAGGCACAAAGAGACUAACGCGUCAAGCAAAGUACAGUCCAAUCACAGCUAAUGCAGUUACUAGUAGCACUCCAUCAGGCAGAUCGUCAAGAAGAGACAUUCAUAAUGACUCAAACGUGAAUGAUAAUUCUAUGGAGAUACAGGAGAUUGAUGCCAGAAUUUGCGCACUGCAGCAAUUUAUGAAGAAAUCACUCGAAACUGUUCGAAAUACAAGAUCCUGCCCAUAAAGAUCUAUUUUCUCUGUCUGUCUCGUCGCCUCUCUCUUUGUUUCAUUUAACUGUUCAGACAUUUUUUUCAACUCAUUUUCUAUAGCUCUCAUUCUCUCUUCCAAUAAAUCGAGAGACGUCCCCUGCUCAUCCUGAGUGCUGUCUCUCUCCUUAUCUUUCUGUAUUCCUUUCCAGUAUUCAUAGACUAUAUAGCUA